GACCACACCCUGUGUCUCUGCACAGCACUCCAGCCACUGGAGACAGCGAGGUCACCCGGACCAGUCAGCUGCACAUGGGCCACAAAAACUGCAGCAGGGCUCCUGUUCCAGCUGCAAAGCACACAGCUACCUGCCCCACUCCCACAUUUGACGAUGCUUCCGUCUCUUUCCUGCGGACCCUCUCUGCAGCGGAGAAAGGCAGGAGGCUGAUCAAGGCAGCUAACGAUGGGACAGUGCAAGAGCUGCAGAUGCUGCUGGCAGCUGGGGCUGAUGUGGGUGCGACGGAUGGGAACAAGAAUACUGCGCUGCACUGGGCAGCCUGGCAGGGUCACGUGGAAGCGGCGAGCUGUCUGGUGGGGGCUGGCGCUGAGGUGGACGCAGGGAACUGGGUCCAGGACACGCCGCUCCACUGGGCUGCAUGGGGCGGCCGGCCGGCCGUGGUGCAGCUGCUGGCGGCGUCCUCUGCAGACCCCAAUGCCAGGAAUGUGGACGGGGACACGCCGCUGCACUUUGCGGCAGUGCACGGUCGCACGGAGGAGGCGACUGCACUACUCGAUGCAGGGGCUGACAGCGGGGCCAGGAAUCACAAGGGGAAAACCCCAGUGGACCGCGCCAGGCAGUUCAACCGCCAACACUGGAUAGACAGGAUAAGACGACACUAG